CCGGCUGUACCACCGGAGAACGAGCAGGCCGAGCACGCCGACUCUUGGAAGGAGUUUACCGUGUGGACCAACCAGCUGAAACAGCUGGUGCGAGACAUCGGAAAACGGCCUGCCACGGCCCACCUGCGUCCGCUGCUGAGCCGGCUGGAAGAGACGGUGCGUGUGCCUCCGGUACCGCCCGGCACGCUCUGGGCAACCGAGGACGACGAGCACGGCCCGCUGAGGGAUCGCCUGGAGGAGAUUCAGCUGGAGAACGAGGACCUGCAGAGGAAGUUCCAGAGCCUGAGCGCCGCGAUGCGGGACUACCAGCAGCAGCGACAGACGAUUGACGGCGCCGGGGGUGACGACCGCCUCCGACGGACCACCGAGACAGACACCGAGCUGGCAGAGCUUAAACGACAGCUGGCCAAGUACAAAAAGUACGCCAAGGAGCUCAAAAAGACCAAGGAGAACCUGCUCAAUACGAUACAGACUCAGGAAGAGAAACACGCCGCCGAGCUGAAGAGUCUGAAGGAGGAGCACGAGACUCAGAUGAGCCAGGUGCUGGCCCAGUUCACCAGCGAAACGGAGAUGCUCGUCUCGUUCAGAGCGGACGUGGAGGCCGUUCAGCGCAGUUUGGCGCAGCGGGUGCGGGAGAACUCUGAGCUGCAGAAGGCGCUGGCGGAACGAGACACCGAGCUGGAGCGGCUGGCCGCGCAAAACCAGACGCUGCACGAGCUGGCGCUGAAGCUGCUGCAGGUGCCCGGCUCCGACCCGCCCUCCGUCACCCAGCUGCUCACCAAGCUGCAGUCCCCGGACACCGGCGGCGUCUCCGUAAUACCCGGAGGUGCCGGGGACUCGGCCCCGCCCGCCCGAGACGCCAGCCUCUUCAGUCUGGACGUGACGGAGCCGCUGCCGGCGCGCCCGUUCCCCCGUGAGUGGGCCGAUCUCUCGCUGGGGUCUCUGGUUGGCUCGGCGGGGACAGGCGAGCAGCGCCUGCCGGCAGACGGGGACCGAGGUGCGCCGGCGCGGCGGCCGCCGAGCGGGGCUGCUGGCGAGCCGCCGCGGCCGGCCUCGGGUGCCGCUGCGGGAUCGGCCCCCAGUGGUGAGCGUAGGGAAGGACAAGAGGUCGGUGGCGGUGACGCCCCGCCCCAGCGCCAGUCUAGAGGCCGACACGGGUGGACCAACGGCUGGUGGUGA